GCGGGCAGGUCGCAGACGCCAGGGCUGAGUCGGCCGCGCCGCCCGGGGUUCACGCAGGGUCCGACCCCGCGGCGCGCGGCAGCUGAGGGAGGGCCGAGGGCUUUGGCUGCUGCGGCGACUUCGGCUUCCCGGGGUGGGGGCAGCCCCAGGUCAGGAUGCGGCGGAGCCACCGCCCAGGCUCGGCCGCAUCCUCUCACAAUCACGCACCCGACUUCUACAGCGAGAACAGCAAUAGUUCCCACAGCGUGACUUCGGGGGACAGCAAUGGGCGCCGGUCCCCUGGGCCGGAGCUCGAGCAGCCCGAGGGCAGAAGGGCCCGGGGCUCGAGCUGUGGUGAGCCCGCCUUAAGUCCAGGAGUGCCCGGAGGAGACACACGGGCAGGAAGCUCUCGGCCUGCGCCCGGGCCCCGGGGGAAAUGCGGGUCCGUGGUGCACAGCACCUCAAUGGAGCCCUGGGCUCCCACAGAACCGUGUGGAUCUUCCGCAGUCUUGGAGGAGCAGCUCAACCUUAUCCCGAGCCUGGAUCUGAGGCAGGAGAUGCCUCCGGUGCGGGUGUCCAAGAGCUUCCUGAACCUCCUCUUUCAGGUGCUGAGCGUAUUGUUAUCGGUGGCAGGAGACGCGCUGGUCAGUGUGUACAGGGAGGUCUGCUCCAUCCGCUUCCUGUUAACUGCUGUGACGCUCCUGAGCGUCUUUCUGGCAGCACUCUGGUGGGGUCUCCUGUAUCUGGUCCCCGCUUUAGAGAAUGAACCUAAGGAGAUGCUGACUCUAAGCCAAUACCACCAGCGUGUGUACUCCCAGGGCCAGCAGCUGCAGCAGCUCCAGACAGAACUGAAUAAACUCCACAAGGAGGUGUCCAGCGUUCGUGCAGCUCACAGUGAGAGAGUGGCCAAGCUCGUGUUCCAGAGGCUGAAUGAGGACUUUGUGCGGAAACCCGACUAUGCACUGAGCUCUGUGGGAGCCUCCAUCGACCUGGAGAAGACAUCCAGUGACUAUGAGGAUACCAACACUGUCUAUUUCUGGAACCGCCUGAGCUUCUGGAACUAUGCACGCCCACCCUCAGUCAUCCUGGAGCCAGAUGUGUUCCCUGGAAACUGCUGGGCUUUUGAAGGUGAUCAAGGCCAGGUGGUGAUCCGACUGCCAGGUCAUGUGCAGUUAAGCGACGUCACCCUGCAGCAUCCUCCACCCACUGUGGCACACACUGGAGGAGCCAGCAGUGCACCCCGGGACUUUGCAGUCUUUGGGCUCCAGGCUGAUGAUGAGACUGAAGUGUUCUUGGGAAAAUUCAUCUUUGAUGUGCAGAAAUCUGAAAUUCAGACUUUCCAUCUACAGAAUGACCCUCCAUCAGCCUUCCCUAAGGUGAAAAUUCAGAUUCUAAGCAACUGGGGCCAUCCACGUUUCACAUGCUUAUAUCGAGUCCGUGCCCAUGGUGUGAGGAUCUCAGAGUGGGCAGAGGACAAUGCCACAGGGGUCGCUGGGGGACCCCAUUAAAAAUGCUGAUGGUUGAAGCAGAAUUGAGAUUUGUGCUAAAGAAAACUGCUUCAGAGUUGGGAGGUCACCUUUUGGGGAAAGCUCUGCCUAUGGCAGGUCAGUAUGGCAGAAUAUGCCCCUCAACACAUCCUCUUUUCCUGGAAAAGUCCAGAGUCAUAUAGUAGCAAAAGUUGAUGUUUCCAGUGUCUACCAUAUGCAAGAGACAGUGUUGUGGACAUUCUACACCGUACAAGAUGCAGCUUGAUCCUCAAUACAAAGAAGGAAACUGCUAGUGCAACUUGCUCCACUCACGCUAGUGAAGAGUUACACAAGAAUGGGGCCUUCCUCAAGAGGCAUCCUUCCCUCUUCAGCUGGAGAACUAUCAUGUCGCUAAAGCCACACGUCAACUCAAAUCUCUACCCCAAUAACGGGGAAACUCUCCUCUGGCAAACAGUGAAAAGCUAAGUUCUGAAAACUUCUAGGAAAUCUUUGAGUCAAAGCUGACCUAGGCUUGGUAGCCCUCAUGCAGUUGGUCAUUCCUAGGACCUUAGGUGGUCAUCUGACGUCCAUCUGAUCUAAGUCUUCGCUGGAAUGGUGAAAAGAACUAGGGGUGGAAAGUACAAACAGGCAGUCAAGUAAGUCGAGUUCCUAGGGUGGGAAAGGGCCUCACAUGAGCAAAGACAAGCACUAUUUAUCUUGGAUGUUGGGAUCCUUCCUACUGAUAUGUGAAGCAGAUCACUUAUUAUUCACCUAUUUAAAUUAGGGUGAUAGUAUUUUGUCAUUUGAAAAAAGCACUUACACCAAGUAUUUUCAAAACCUAAGAUUUCGGGGCUGGAGAGAUGGCUCAUUGUUAAUACUGGCUGCCCUUCCAGAGGACCCGAGUUUGAUUCCCAGCAACCACCUAUAACUCCAGUUCUAGGGAAUCUAAUGCCCUCUUCCAGCCUUCUCAGGCACUAGGCACACAUGUGGUAUAUUCAAGCAGGCAGAACACCCAAACACAUGAAAAUUCAACAAAAGGUAAGGUUAGGACAGGUGGGAUGUCUCAACAGGGAAAGACCACCAAGCCUAACAAUUGGAAUUUAAUCCCUGGGUCCCAUAUGGUAGAAGAAGAGAAACAACUCCAGGGAUGUCUGUCCUCUGCCCCCCACAUGCUGUGGCACUUAACACACAAAAAAAUAUACUAAAAAUACUUAAGGAUCAUUAAGAUGACUCAAGUGGGCUAAAGUGGGCUUACCACCACCAAGUCUAUGACCUGAAUUCAGUCUCUGGGACCCAUACAAUAGAUAGCCAAGUCUCACAGGUUGUCUUUUCAACUCCAUGUGCACAUACAAAAUAAAUGUAAUAGGAACAAAUUAAAACUAAGGUUAAAAAUAGAACUAAGGGCUGGAUAUGGCAGCGCCCAGAUGCUUUUAAUUCCAGCACUCAGGAGGCAAAAGUAAGGGGAUUUCUAUGAGUUUGAGUGCUACAUAGACCCUGUCUCAAAAAAAAAAAAAAAAAAAAAAAAAAAAAAAAAAAAA